AUGCGUACUACCAAUAGUGAAGUAGGGUGUAGCUCUUCUGGGGAAACUGUUGAUACCUUGCGUAUAACAGUAUGUGCAAAUCAGGGAGGCCGGAAGUAUAUGGAGGAUCGCGUGCAUAUUGAACACGUUGAUUCGAUAGAUGGGAAGAAAGGCUACACUUAUGUUGCAGUUUAUGAUGGCCACGGUGGGGCUGAUGCCAGUGAAUUUGUGCGGAAGAACUUGUUGAAAAAUAUCCAGAACCAAGAAGGUUUCAACGGAAGUGACGAAGAAAUGUUGCAAGCUAUUAGAAAAGGAUUUAUUGAAACUCAUUAUGCGAUGUUAAAAGUAGUGGAUGAGUGGCCCUUAACUGCAUCAGGUUACACGAGUACUGCAGGUACUACUGCAAGUGUAGCUUUUAUUACGCGUGGAAAAGUAUUUACCGGUCAUGUCGGUGAUUCGGCUAUAAUUGUCGGAAAACGACGAGAAGGGAGCGUGAUUGGUUUGUGUUUAACAGUGGAUCAUAAACCUGAUAAUUUCUAUGAAGAGGAGCGCAUUAAUAGAGCUGGAGGUAUGGUGAUGAAGAAAUCUGGUGUAAUGAGGGUAGUUUGGACAAGGCCUUUAAAAGGACAUAUUGGACCGGUUCGAAGAUCUACACCCACUGAAAGUAUUGCCUUUUUGGCUGUUGCCAGGUCACUUGGGGACCUGUGGUCUUAUAACAAAGAAACUAAACAAUUUAUUGUCAGUCCUGAACCUGACGUUUCUGUAUACACACUCAGUCAUACUGACAUAUGCCUUGUUCUCGGUUCUGACGGUCUUACGAAUGUUUUGAAAGCGCAGCAGAUUGUCGAUAUAGUAAACAACUGUGAGAGAGAUACUGAUCUUUCGAAUGGACGUUUGGUUAACCAUUCCAGAGUUUUACUUCGUACUGCUUUAGAUGGCUGGGGCAGUCUUCGUGCAGAUAACAUUACUGUUAUUACGGUGAGAUCUUUAAAAUCUGUUUUAAAGGUUAUGCUGGAUAAUGCGGAAGAAGAUAUAUUGAAUGAUUCUUUGUAUGAAAACAUUGCUCAAAAUUCUGCUUUUAAUAUGGAUCUUGAUAGUUUAUUUACUGAAAAUCAAACUGCGCUUGUCAGACUAACUGAAAAGUCUUGCCAACAUUUUUCAACGAUACCAGUCAGCAUAGUCUAUACAGGUGCAUUAGACCAGCAGUUUACUUCCGGUUCGUUUCCUUAUGUAGAUUAUUCUGGACCUGGGUUUUCUAAACAGAUUGUGCGGGAUAAUCCGAUAUUACCCUCUAAAAGCUCCUCACUCAUUGCUCAUUUGAGGCGCAGUGCGUCUUGUGGGGCCGUACCUCAGGAAAAUGGCGAUAAACAGAAUUAUUGUUACUGCUCUAUAGAUUAUUCGGUUCAUUUGUCGAGCGCUAUAAUAAGUUGUGCGGAACCAAGUUGCAGCAAUGAAGCAGGAGAUAAGAACAUCAAGAUGAAUCAAGGAAAAGAAGGAGUUACUAUAGAACCUCUGUUCACAAAUAUCUCGUUGUUGAGCAGUGAGUUAAUUAACCAACCAAAUAUUGAAAAAGCAGCGGACGACAGCUGCGUGAGGACCGUGAGAGAGGAAGCAGUCCAGACUUCUGUACAGGAAAAUAAUGAAAGCCAUGAAGGGAGCAGUAACCCUGGACGUGUUACUGACAAUUUUGCUGGUCCAAACCCUUUUUUUCUAAAUAGGAUGUCUGGGAAAGAGUCUCAAGAACUUUUUGUUAAACAUGACUGCAUCUCACCAAAGACAAAACCCAUUGCCGUGGUACCUCCAUUUGAAACAACACCGACUUCGUCUGGUCGAAGGCGGUUAGUUCCUGUGCGACGGUUAAGGCCUUCCUUUCUUCGUAGACGAGGUAUUGCUCGCAGAAAUUUGGUGACAGGCGUGGACUCCUCGAUUCAGAGGUGUGAUGACGAGACAGAGGAUUUGUGUGUGUUGGAUAAGAACAUUGACUUUAAAGAAAACGGUAGUUCUUGGGAUUAUGAAGGCUUAUCAGGAAGCUCAAGGGCGGAAGACAGUCCAACAAAGUACAGGAAUCGACUUUCUUUAGGAGGUGCUUCUGCUUUAUCACCUGUAUUAAUGUUAGCAGCUUUGCGAACUCCAGACCAGCUUUUAUUGAGUAAGGGAACGGACGAUCCUUUACGAAGGGAGUUGAUGUCUUUUCGGCACACGAGGCACUGCUCAUCUGUUAUUACUCCAACAGCGUCGAAAUUACAACAGCUCAAGCUUGCUGAUGAUUCCGCAGCAGCCCCAUCAAAUGAGCUUGCGGAUGAGUCAUUACUUAAACAAAAGAGGAAAAACGAGUUUGAUGAUAGUACUCACGUGAGUAUGGAGCCAGUGCCGAAAAGAUCUCGUUUAUGGGGCUUUUUUUCUAGCUUAAUUGGUGAUAGGAAAUCCAAAUGA